UGCCAAUGAGCUCCACUGUCUCUUGACAGGGACUGUAGAGUGAUGCAGAAGGUGGAAUGAGAUAUCCAACCUCUUUCAGGCACAAUGGGUGCUCACGCAAAUUCUAUGAAUACCUUCUCAAGUAGAGAUCUCUAGAAAAGACGACUCGGCAUCCAAUCGAACAUCCCUCUUCGGUGCGCCAAUGCCCCCGGCGGCGAGGCUCCUGCAGACGAACUCCGGCAUGCUACCGGCGUCCCAGCCGUCGGAGCCGUUAUCCGUAGACUCUGACGCGGUGGUGAUCCUCGCGGCGCUGCUCUGCGCCCUGAUUUGCGUCGUCGGGCUCGCGCUCGUGGCCCGCUGUGCCUGGCUCCGCCAGGGGGCCUCAGCUUCCCCGCUGUGCAAGGGGCUCACAGAGAAGGCGCUCAGGGAUCUUCCCAAGAUCUCCUACGGCGCCGCGGCCGACGCGAGGCUGGCCGAGUGCCCGAUCUGCCUCUUGGAGUUCGAGGGCGGCGACGAGAUCCGCAUCUUGCCGCAGUGCGGACACGGAUUCCACGUCGGGUGCAUCGACACCUGGCUCGUGUCCCGCUCCAACUGCCCCUCCUGCCGCCGGGUUCUCGUCGUCGCCGCCGCUCCCGCCGCCCAGCCGUCAAGGCCGUGCGGAGCUAGUUCUGAGGGCUCAUGCGCUACCACCUCCACCGCCUCUGCGGCGGAGGAAGUGGCCCAGGCUAGAGAGGAUCGCGACUCCAUCGACUAUAUUUUCCUCCACUAAGGGUCUUGGCAGGCGAAUUUUUAAAGAGGUAAGAACAGAAUGCAGUGAAGAAAAAUUGGAGUUUUCUCCAAGAAGCUGAAAACUGAUGUAUGUGUGUGAUUAUUUUACUUUAAAUUCUUCUUGUCCCACUGACUGAUGUCUACUUGGAAGGAUCAAAAUGAGAAGUGGGGGCAAAAAAUAAAGAGCAAGAAGCUUCCCUGUAAGUUUGAUAAGUUUGGUGGGACUAGUUUGGGAAGUGGUGGCAAUCCACUCUUAGACAUAAGAAAUUUUUAAAGAAUGCACUGUUGUUGGUUGAAGUGUGUAGGGUAACUGGAAGUUGUAACUUUUCCUCACAUGCCAUCUCUUUUAGUUGUUUGUUUCCGAGAUCUUGAUCACUGAAACAAAGUUCUUGUAUUUCCAUUCAUGUACAAUACUGAAAAAUUGUACUGGCAAGCGAAAGCAAUUCGAAGAAGAUGAAUUAGUUCAAACACGACUAUGUAACUUGCUUCAGUUUUA